CAGAGUGAGGGACUAACGUAACUGGCUCUGCUGCACUGGUCCUGCGUCGCUGCCAGCUCUUGUGCCUGGCAAAGUCUUUCAGCUGCUCCGUACCUCUGGUCCCGCACGUCCACAGCAGUGGCCCCUGCUCCUUUGAUGUGCUGCGCGUCCCGUCUCUCGAGUAGUUUUCAAACCUGUUUCUGUAGCUCUGACUUCUCCAGAAAGAAUGUGGGAGAGCGGUGUUUCUGCUUGGCUGCUUUGUUUGACAGACCUCGGUCUGCGCAGGCAGGUGUCUGAAGCUGCGGCGCUUCACCUGCGCAAACCCCAGCGUACGUUCGUUUGCUCACGCUCUCUGUGAAAACGUUCUUGAAAACAAAGUGAAAAUUAAAGUGGGAUUUCUGCCUGUCCACGGUCCUUUUGGUGAAGAGCUGAGUCCAGAGCCUUGUUCCCUCUCGGGGAAACAAACAGAUCUUUCCGCCACGGUGCCGUGUGAUGCGGGUUGGUGUUAGAUUUAAGGCUGUUUAUCGUUAACAUGCUUCAACAGCUCCGUGUCUUGUGUUUGAAUCAAGGGGUCCUGCGUGCAGUGGUCGAAGAGGCGAACUCCGGAGCAUCGGUUCUCUGCCUGUGCGAGAAGGGAGAUGCCAUGAUCAUGGAAGAGACUGGCAAGAUUUUCAAGAAGGAAAAAGAAAUGAAAAAAGGUAUUGCCUUCCCAACGAGUAUAUCGGUAAAUAACUGUGUCUGUCACUUCUCCCCCCUGAAGAGUGACCAAGACUACAUCCUCAAAGACGGAGACUUGGUCAAAAUUGACUUGGGAGUCCAUGUCGAUGGCUUCAUAGCGAAUGUAGCACACAGUUUUGUCAUAGACGCCUCAAAGGAAAACCCUGUGUCAGGCCGUAAAGCUGAUGUCAUCAAGGCAGCUCAUCUCUGUGCUGAAGCUGCUCUGCGCUUGGUAAAGCCUGGAAACCAGAACACACAAGUGACAGACGCAUGGAACAAAAUAGCCCACUCGUUUCACUGCACGCCGAUUGAAGGGAUGCUGUCGCACCAGCUGAAACAGCAUGUGAUCGAUGGAGAGAAAACAAUCAUCCAGAACCCUACAGACCAGCAAAAGAAGGACCAUGAAAAAGCAGAAUUUGAGGUCCAUGAAGUUUACGCUGUUGAUGUUCUCGUCAGCAGUGGAGAGGGAAAGGCAAAGGAUGCUGGACAGAGAACUACAAUUUACAAAAGGGACCCCUCCAAACAGUAUGGCUUGAAGAUGAAAACCUCCCGUGCCUUUUUCAGUGAGGUGGAGAGGCGCUUUGAUACUAUGCCAUUUACUCUCAGGGCAUUUGAGGAUGAGAAGAAGGCCAGGAUGGGGGUGGUGGAAUGCGCCAAACACGAGCUGCUCCAGCCUUUCAAUGUCCUCUACGAAAAGGAAGGAGAGUUCGUUGCACAGUUCAAAUUCACAGUGCUUUUAAUGCCUAACGGUCCCAUGAGGAUAACCAGCGGCCCCUUUGAACCGGAACUCUACAAGUCGGAGUUUGAGGUGCAAGAUGGAGAACUGAAGGCCCUUCUACAAAGUUCUGCAAGCCGGAAGACCCAGAAAAAGAAGAAAAAGAAGGCCUCCAAGAACGCAGAGAACGCCACCACGGGAGAGACGGCGGAAGAGAACGAGGCUGGCGACUGAGCAGCUCCCGCUCCCUCCAUGUAGCACCCAAUUCACACACACUCGCCCCUUUUCCCCCCAAAAACAGAAGCAAAAUAAUCUAGCACUGUUUGUCUCUUACGACCAAACAACAAACAGUCUGGACUUCCCACUGACUACAACCAGCUCCUAUUGACUUUGCCAAUGAGGGAGGAUUCUCUCAGCCACUUCAGACUACUUAAAAAAGAAAGCAGAAAAAUAAAAUCAGGAGUAAAAGCUAGUCUAUAUCCACUCUUUCUAACCUUUUGUAAUACCCAUACUUGUUGAAGACGUGAACAACUCGGCCAAUCCCAGUGAGAGAGGGAGUGUAGAGAGCUGCCUGCUUUCUUUUUCCUUCCCCCCCUCCCCCCUUUUUUUUUUGUAAUUUCUCCCUUUACAGAUUUUCUUGGAGGAAAAAAAAAACCAAACCAAGCAAACAGCCGAUUACGCCCGAGAAAAAGUGCCCUGUGUUUAGUGAUUAUGGUACGCGUGGACGGUGUAAGGUGAUCUGCCUCGCUGCGCCGCCUCGGCUCCUCCCGGCCGCGUGGGCAUUCCUCUCCGUUGCCUUGGGGCAGAGGAUUUCUCACUCUCUUCUUUUAGCCUCUAGAUUGUACAUUUAUAAUUGGGAAAAAUAUCAAAUUUUAUGUCCCCUGUGAAACUGCAGACUGUUCCGUCUACUCUGUUCUGUCUCUGCCUUGAUUUACGUAUAAACGCUCUAUUUUUUAAUACGCCGCUGUGGCGAGCUCGUUUUUAAAUUGACUGUCCAACCUGCUCGGAAGCAGAUGACGUUCCCCGCCUGACAGCUCUGCGGAGGGGCAGGAGGCAGGCGAGCUGCCCGCCACCCGGCAGUGGUUUUUAAUUCCCUGGUGUCCCGGGGAGUUUUAUUCUUCCCCGUGGCUGGUUUCCAUGGCCCGUUCCGCUCUUUCACGUGCGUCGGCGGCUCUCGAGAGGGUCUCCUGUCCGCACGCGCUCCUCUGGCGAUAGGCGGGGGAAACGCGGCAGGAGUUGUCGGACUCGGGCUAGAGUCCGGCCAGGGGUAUUGCUCUUUUAUAGUAAGUCUUUUU